AUGUCUUUCGACCAGCUCUCCUCCAUGGAGUCCGGAGGCGGCGGCGGCGGCGGCGGCGGCAACGGCGCCUCGUCCCGUCGCCAGGGUGGUGCCUACUCCGACUCGCCCGAGUUCUCGCGCCUGUCCCAGAACCUCAUGAACCAGCUGUUCCACUUGCAGGGCAACAACUCGAAGCUGCGCACCGAGAUCAACCGCCUCGGUACCCGCCAGGACAACCCGCGCCUGCGCGAGCGCGUCCAGACCCUGCUCGAGGAGUCGCGCGACCAGUUCAAGGACGUCGGCGAGGGCGUCAAGAAGCUGCAGCAGUGGGGCGACGACGUCACGCCCUCGCAGAAGUACAGCCAACAGAAGCUGGCCAGGGAGUUCGGCACCGGCCUCAAGGAGUUCCAGGGCCUGCAGCGCACCGCCCUCGAGAAGCUCAACGCUAGCGUCACCGCGGCCAAGGCGGCCCUGGACGCCGAGUCGCCCGGCGAGACCCGCGGCGACCAAGGGGAGUUGCAGCUCCUCCAGCACCAGCACCAGCAACAGCAGGAGCAGAUCCACCUGGCCGCGCAGGACGAGGUCGAUUUCCAGGAUGCCUUGAUCGCCGAGCGGGAGGAGGAGAUCCGGCAGAUCGAGGAGGGCGUGGGCGACCUGAACGUGCUCUUCCGCCAGGUCGCGCAGAUUGUCAGCGAGCAGGGCGAACAGCUCGAGACCAUUGAGAGCAACGCCAUCAACGUGCGCGACGAUACGAGGGGUGCCGAUGUGGAGCUCAGGAGUGCGGCCAGGUACCAAAAGAAUGCCCGGAGCAAGGCAUGCUGUCUGCUACUGAUCCUGGCCGUCAUCCUGACCAUUGUCCUGUUGGCCGUCUUCUUGGGAUAA